AUGACGAACGCGCAAGUUAUUCGCUUGGUUAACGAGUUCAAAGCGAGACCCCUACUAUGGGACCCGAACCACGACUUGUACAGAGUCCAAAUAGCCAAGUAUGAAGCCUGGACUGAGUUAGCCAAGCUGUUCGGAUACGACGUGAGCGAUAUGAGGAAGAAAUUCAACUCGAUUUUCGCGUCGCACCGCCGGGAGAAGGGGAAAGUCCGGACGGGGAAGAAGUCCCACUGGUUCUUGUAUAACCAUUUGACCUUCCUCCCGAGCCAUAUCGAGAAUCUGGACACAACGCCCACGUCCAAACACCGCGAUGGUGAUGAAGAACAUAAAGAAGAAUACAACGAAGAAGAGGACGACCAAGACGCAGAACAAGAAAACAGUUCGUUCACAUCCACCGAGUUCGUUCAAGACGAGAUUGAAAUUAAAAACGAACCAGAAGUUCAUUCGCCACCAAAGAAGGUCCGUAUGUUCCGAAAAAGACCGCUGAGAACCAUUAGACACAUAAAACGCCCCAAGAUAACAAGAGAUAGGAGUGUGACGGAUGCUGUGAAAAUAAUUAAGGCUUCAUCACCAGCCAAACGGAAAGAUGAAUGCGACAGUUUCGGGGAGUACAUCGCGGUCUCCUUGAGGAAACACGACGAGAGAACGCGGUCGAUGAUCAAGCAAGCCAUAAACAAUAUACUCUUUGAACAAGAGAUGAAAAAGUACAAUAGUAGUGUUAUUGUAGAAAUGGAGACCAAUCCGUUGAUAAUUGGCGAUGGUGAUGGAAACGAAUAUGAAAGUGAAAAGUGA